AUGCCAAAGUACAAGCUCGUCUUCUUCGCCCCCCGCGCGGACACCCAGCCGAUCCUCGCCCACCUCUUCGACCGCUUCCCGCUCCACGUCGGCGGCGUCGGCGCGUACGCCCGCUGCGCGUUCGUCUCCCCCGGCACCGGCCAGUUCCUCCCCACCGAAGGCGCCUCACCCGCGAUCGGCGCCGUCGGCGCGCCCGAGUUCGUGGACGAGCACCGCGUCGAGGUCCUCGUCCUCGGAAGCACUAGCGCGGACGUCCGCGCGGUCGUGCGGGAGCUCAAGAAGGUGCACCCGUACGAGGAGGUUGCGUACGAGAUCUACCGCCUAGAAGACUUCUAG